CAACCCUAUAGCGCAGCCAACUUCACUCUUUCUCUUUUUAGCCUCCAUUGACGAGUGUUGGUUCGCUAAUUUGUAAAUUAUUACAAAAUCAUAAUGGAGAACGACGCCGGUGAGAAUGUUGAUUUGUACGUGCCCCGCAAAUGCUCGGCAUCGAACAGAAUCAUCCACGCUAAGGACCACGCCUCCGUGCAAUUGAGCAUUGUUGUUGUGGAUCCCGAGACCGGUCGCCAAACCGAUGGCACCAAAACCUAUGCCAUCUGUGGUGAGAUCCGUCGCAUGGGCGAGUCCGACGAUUGCAUUGUGCGUCUGGCCAAGAAGGAUGGCCUCAUUACCAAGAACUUUUAAAUAAAUUGUACACAACAAGAAUUGGUAAUAAAGUGAAUUCCUUUUGUAUUUAACGUAAGGUCCACUUAUUUUGUGUUUUCUUUUAAACCGAAAUGAACACUGGCGAGCCCGUGCAUCUACAGUUUGGAGUCGUGAUUUCAUUUGGAAACCACAUAGAGAACUACAAUAAACCAAGCUUUUUGUUUUAAAA